AUGUCUAUCAACUGGGUGAUGCUUCAUGACCAUGAAGGCUUCGUCCGCCUUCCCAACGAACGCUUGAUAUACACUUCCCCUCCGCGCACCACCCUCGCGCUAACACCGCCAUCCGGGUACAAGGGCCCGGAAGCGUUGUCUCUGCAGAGUAGCGCCGGCAUUACUUACCUCACCAACCAGAGGGUAGUCUAUCUUCCCGCCCAAGCAUCCAAUAACUUCCAAUCCUUUUCAUCUCCUUUACUCAACGUCCGCGACUCUCACGUUUCCGCCCCAUUUUUUGGUCCCAAUGUCUGGACAGCACUGAUAAAACCUGUCGCAGGAGGAGGCAUUUCCCCAUCUCUUCCAGCCGUCCAGAUCAAGGUGACCUUUAAAGAAGGUGGCGCAUUCGAUUUUCACACCAACUUUGAAAGGAUCAGGGAGCGGCUAGAGCAAGCGGUGGAAAACACAGGUGAGGAUGCUCGAGGACUACGAGGCGUGGAUCUCGCCGCGGUGCAUCUGGAGGAGCUGCCCGCCUACGAGGGCCCGGGUCCGAACAAUCAUAGCGAAUCGGCCACUCCAACCAACACAUCAAACCCACCGGCGAAUAACCAGCGAGCAUCAGUCAUCGGGCCUGAACCUAUUGAGCCUCCGCCAGGAUAUGAAGAAGUUCAACAACAGAGUGUAGCCGAUGCAUUGGAAGAACGCUUGCGACAGGCCAGUUGA